AGUUUGGAGUUCAUUGUGAUGUGGCUCAUGUAAGGUGCGCAGUUAUUCGGACGGAGUGGGGCUUCGUCUUUCUCCCACCACCUCCUUGCUGCAGAAUCCACCAUCCAAAACACGAUCCGAUUAUUUUUAGACUACACCGUACAGUAAAUAGACCGCGCGGACUUUAAACAAGAGCCGUAUUAUAGGCUUUCAUAACCCAAGUCAAGUCCGCCAUAGUAAAUGACUGUCGGCAUAUCACUGAGUUAAAGCAGUUACAAUGUUGUUCAGAUUCGGAGUCAUUCUCACUCCGGAGUCUUCGGAUGUAGAGGUCUUUGUUUUGGGUUCGCGUGCAGAAAUGGGUCACUGGGACCCGAGCGGAGCGGUGCAGAUGAGAGCUUCACAGAAGCUCCCGUCAACACAUGAACCUUGUCUGUGGAUCGGCGACGUGCAGCUGGCGGAGCCGUUCAAAGACACGCUGUGGUUCAAGUUCGUCAAAAGAGUCCGGGGCACUUACAUCUGGGAAGGUAACGGUCCGUGCCAUGACAGAUGUUGUUCAUAUGAUGAGAGGAACGUGGUAGAUGGAGUGUACUGCCAUCCAAUUGGUCACUGGAUAGAGGAAACAGGACACACAGAUGAGAUGAAACACACCACUGACUUUUACUUCAGCGUGGCUGGUCAUAAGGCCAUACAUUUCUCCAGGGUGCUGCCACGCAUUUGGCUGGGCAGCUGCCCUCGACAGGUGGAGCAUGUGACUAUAAAGAUGAAGCAUGAACUGGGGAUUACUGCAGUGAUGAACUUCCAGACAGAAUGGGAUUUGGUGAACAACUCCAGUGGCUGCAGGCGCAACCCUGGGGAAGCCAUGACCCCGGAGACUAUGAUGCAUUUGUACAGAGACUGUGGCCUGGUGUAUGUGUGGAUUCCCACACCUGAUAUGAGCACUGAGGGUCGGAUCAGGAUGCUUCCCCAGGCUGUGUUCUUGCUUCAUGGUCUCUUGGAGAAUGGUCACACUGUCUAUGUUCACUGUAACGCUGGUGUAGGCAGGUCGACAGCUGCCGUGUGUGGCCUGCUCAUGUACGUCCUCGGCUGGAGCUUGAGGAAGGUGCAGUACUUUGUGACAGCCAGGAGGCCGGCAGUGUACAUAGACGAGGAGGCUUUAGUCCAGGCUCAAGCAGACUUCAACCAGAAGUUUGGACAACUGCGAUCGUCCAUCUCUUACCCAGAGACAUGAGAAUCAAGUGUCCUUACACUGAAGUCUUUGGAUUUGAAGCAGAAUUUUGUCAUGAUUCUUGACAAAGUGUGAAAAAACAGUCAGCAUGAAAGGUGCCAGAAGGCGAAAUAAGCUACAACAAGAAAAUUAACUUCUUUCCACUUAAACCUAAUGUAAAUAAAUGACCCAAUUCAGCUGAAAGCCUUUUGAAAUCUGGUUGAUCCCUCAAGUACCUGGAGAGAAUUCUGCUGGCUGACAACAUAGAUGUUUCAAGCAAUUAAUCCUUCUGUGAUGUGUUCCCUUUAACUUCAGGAAUUAGUCUUUUCCAUUAAGCUCAUACUUAUGCAAAUUGUGCACCUGGAGUCACCUGAGUUUUCAGUAAACGUCUGCAGAAUGUCUCUUUUGUAACAAUCAAUAAAUAAAGUUAACAUUUUUAGAUGGCGACUUUUAGAUGUGUUGAACAGUAAUGAAUGAGUGGAACAGAGGUUGAUCUGGUAGAAUUCUUUAAAGGUUGAUAUAAUAACAAUAGUUUAGAAAAGGAAAAAGCCAAUUAAUUGGCAGACAUCUACGCCCCAGUACACUUCGACAGACUC